AUGUCUCAAGGUACACUAUACGCUAACUUCAGAAUCAGAACACUUGUUCCUCAAGCCAUUGUCAAGUAUCUCGGUCUUGACGUGAAGAUUGUGGCUCCAGAGGAUGCUGAGAAGGAAUUUUCCAGAGAUUUCCCCUUGAAGAAGGUACCCACUUUUGCAGGACCCCACGGCUACAAAUUGAUGGAGGUGAUCGCCAUUAUGUGGUACCUAGUGAACCUCUCGGAGGAUGAGCAAGCCAAAGCGCAACUCUUGGGUGCUAACAACGCCGAGACUGCGCAAAUACUUAAAUGGAUAUCUCUCUCCAACUCAGAACUCUGCGUGCAGCUUGUCAAGGUAUUUGCCCCUCUGUUAGGUAAUGCACCAUACAUCAAGAAGGAUGUCGAUGCUGCAUCUAUUCAGGUCGAUAAGUUGGUGGCCUUGUACGAGGAGAGGCUCAGAGAUUACACCUACUUGGCUACUGAGGAGAUAUCUUUGGCUGAUCUUUUCUCUGCAGCAAUCUUUACGCGUGGUUUCAAUUACGUGUUUGGCAGUGAGUGGAUUUCCAAGCAUCCAGUGAUUUUGAGAUGGUUCCGUACCGUGAUAGCAUCCCCAAUUUUGAAAGACUUCUACAAUGACUUCAAAUUCAUCGAAAAACCUUUGGCCCCUCCUCAACCUAAGAAGAAGAAGGAAACUCAAAAGCCUCAAAAAAAGAAGGAAGAGCCAGCCCAGGUUGCUGAGGCCCCAGCUGAAACUCCCAAGAAGCCAAAACAUCCACUAGAGCUUUUGGGAAAAUCCACCUUUGUCUUGGACGAGUGGAAAAGAACCUAUUCUAAUGAGGACACCAGACCAGUUGCCUUGCCAUGGUUUUGGAAGCAUUACAACCCAGAGGAAUAUUCCAUUUGGAGAGUGGAUUACAAAUACAAUGAUGAAUUGACCUUGACUUUUAUGUCGAAUAACUUGGUAGGCGGUUUUUUCAACAGAUUGUCUGCUUCUACCAAAUAUAUGUUUGGUUGUUUGGUGGUGUAUGGUGAAAAUAACGACAAUGGUAUCAUUGGUGCUGUCAUGGUUAGAGGUCAAGACUAUGUCCCAGCCUUUGACGUAGCUCCAGACUGGGAGUCUUACAAGUACACCAAGUUGGAUCCAUCUAACGAAGAAGAUAAGGAGUUCGUCAACAACAUGUGGGCUUGGGACAAACCCGUCAUUGUUGAUGGAAAGCCAAGAGAGAUUGCGGAUGGUAAGGUCUUGAAAUGA